CUCAGGUCGCAUUGCCUGCGCGUUGGGUGUUCAGUCUAUAGGCAAGAGCCGUACGGUACGGUUAGCCUUUUUUUUCGCCACGGUUUCUGUAAAUUAUUUACAAGGGAGGAAAAUCUCACGAGAGUUAAAACACACCCUUUGGAACAAAAAUCCGUAAAAGAUUUCCAUUUCUCUAAAGAUCCCCAAAAGAUCCCUAAAUAUCCCUGAAGAUUGAUAUUGGAAUUGUAUUCCCUUUGGAAUAAUUGGGACAGUGGUCCAUAACUGUUGGAACGUUUGUUUAUAAGUGAUUUUUGGAAUAGUUAACACUCAUCUCUUGGAUUAUUAUAAGUGUUCAAAAGUGUGGUAUCUUCACGUGUUUUUGAAUCUUCAGAUGAAUCAGAUUUUUGAAGGAAUAGUUCACUGAUUCGUGAGGACACGUACAAGAAAGGAUACGAAGUGAAAUUUAAAUUGGACGCUUGUCCAACACGAGGGACAAGCGCAUAGUGAAGUGAGUGACAGAGUGAGUGCUUGUCAGUACUGUGUGUUUCGAGGUUCAUUUGCUUAAAGAAACAUUAGUGCUCUUGGAGACGUUAACCCUGGAUCACAUUAAAAGUGCCGGCUAACUUAAAAGCGUCGCGUCGCGAGUGGUAAGGAUCGAUUAUGCAUACAGAUCAAUCUAUUUAUGCUGUGAACUAGUCUCUUAACUCAUGGGGAAAAUGAGGCAUUCGAUGGAGUAUUUUGUGUUCGGCUUUCUUUUCUUGAUUCUUGCCUCUGAUUAUGGAUCAGGAUUCGAGUGGCAGCACAGCGCCGUCCUUGAUAACAAUUUUCUUGUUUUGUGGACGCCUGGCGAGAGGGACGUCACCUUUGAAGUGCAGGUGAAAACAUUGGGUUACGUGGGUUUGGGCUUCACGAGAGAUGACCGACGUGCUGGCACUGACAUGGUCAUCGGCUGGGUCGAUAACAACGGUCAAGUUCAUCUUCAGGAUCGACAUGUCAAGGACGCUACCAGAGACCCUCAGAUGGACUCGAGUCAGGAUUAUAAUCUCCAGCUAGGCUACGAGAAUAAAACGCAUACGGUUUUGCGUUUUAGUCGACAGUAUGAUACUUGCGACCCUCGUGACCUCAAGAUUACGAAUGACACAAUGCAAGUUGUUUGGCAGUACAAUGCGGACGAGCCAGUAUCCGCAGCUGGUGUUCUUCCCGCUCACGGAGCCGUUCGAGGGUCGCGACCUCUUUACUUGGUACAGAGGGACGCUCAACCUAAACGCACUUCUCGGAACUACGAGAAUGAUCCAGCACUUCAGGUGUGGGAUGUCUUGAAUCAUCAGGUUGGCUUACCAACGGAGCAAGAUACGCUGCUUUGGUGUCGAGUUCUCAAGAUGCCGAACAUACACCAUAAACAUCACGUUGUGAGAUACGAGCCGGUCAUUCAGCCUGGUAACAAGGAGUACCUGCACCACAUGACUUUGUACGAGUGUCGAGGCAAUCAGACAGAAUUGGAGGGUGCUGCAAGGACCACCGGGGGAGUCUGCUACCAACCUGAUCAACCUAUGCCCAAGUGCAGCACCAUAGCAGCUACUUGGAGUCUCGGUUCCGAGGGCUUUAAUUACCCACCUGAGGCCGGAUACGCGCUGGACCCGCAUACUGGACCACGAUACUACAUGCUCGAGACUCUCUAUGUCAAUCCAAGGCGGGACGCCUUCAUUAACGACAAUUCUGGAUUGCGUUUUCUCCACACGGAGAAACUGAGAACACACGAUGCCGGCGUUCUCAGCAUAGGUAUCGAUCCUAAUUGGCGCCACAUCAUACCACCCGGGCAAUCGGAAGUCAUUUCCGAGGGCCAUUGCAUCACUGAAUGCACGGGACAAACCAUACCUAAUAAUGGAAUCAAUAUGUUUGCCGUCAUCAUGCACACACACGAGCUCGGCAAAAAGGUCAGGCUGAGGCAGAUCCGAGGCGGCGAGGAAAUGACACCAAUCGCCGCUGAUGGCAACUACGAUCCCAAGUACCAGGAGUACCGAAGACUACAACGCCCCGCCAAAGUCUAUCCGGGCGACCAUUUGAUAGCAGAAUGUACGUAUUCGUCCGAAUCGAGAGGCGUUAUAACUUUGGGUGGAUUGACAACAAGAGAGGAGACUUGUCUAGUCUCUGCCCUCUACUAUCCACGCAUCGACUUGUCCCUCUGCUAUUCACUACCAUCACUACCCACCGUUCUUCACAGUCUCGGAAUUCAAAAACUCAUAGAAGGUUCGGGCCCAGUCAAGAUUCAAGAGCCACCUGAGUUGACCGGGAUGACACUGGAGGAACGCUUAUUGAGCUAUGAUUGGCAGGAGAGCUUCCAGAGUUUCCAAGAUGCCACUCGAAGGGGAACGUUCAAGCCUCUUUGUUCCAACAGUAAAGGGGUCGCCUUACCCGGAAUGAAGGUCGAGUCUCAUUAUCCACGGAUUUUGAAGUCCUAUCAAGAAAGUACACUGCCCUGCUCGAAGAAACCCCUAAGAAAUAGAUUUUCAAUGAUUCUAAGUGAAGAUGGUGAUCUCGGAACGCCAAUUGAUUCCGAUAGUGACGAGUCAAAUGCAGUUGAACGUGGACAAUUAGUUCGUAAUAAAGUGUCGCGAAGCAGUGAAGGUCCAAUGGCCGGAAGUUCCGGAGCAAAAUCAGUGUCCAUCGCGUUAUUAGUGGCCGCAAUUGUUUUUGCCUUCAGGUGAAGGACAAUGUGUUUUUAAAGAGAAGAGAGUUUUUUUUAAUGAAAAUAAUACAACAGAAGACGCUUUCAACGGAGACGCUUAUGUGAAUUACCAAGUCGAUGGUAAAGUGUCUAACGGGUAUUCGAAAUAUUUCUGAUUCUCUUUUUCAUAACUGAAGAUAUGGAAUAUCGAAGGGACAUUAUGUGUACUGAAAAAGAGAAAGGGGAGCGUAGUUUUUUGAAUUCUCUUUAGAAGAGACAUUCAGGAGAUACAAAUAGGCUGUUUAUUUGCCGAAUGGGAGUCGUGCAAAAAAAAAAUGUUUAUAAACUACUUUUUCUAGUGCGAAUGAAAAUGUUUGGGGUUUAUUUUCGGCUUUAGUUAGAGGGCCAUUCAGACCCAUUUUGAGAUUUGCACGACUCACACUACGGAAAUUGUAUAUUUUGUUAAUUGUAUUAGAAAACUUUUGUGAAAGUUAUAAUAUGAGUGUGAUUGUAUUUACCGGGGAGAGGCAAAAGCUUCCUCGUGAACCUCACGUUGACUAGUCGACGAAGUACUGAUUUAAUUUAUAAGUCGUACCCCGAGUAUUUCGAUCAUCGCUCGUUAUGACUUGCUUGUAUUAUUCUGUACAGUUUUUUAUACAUAGCAAAAACAUCUCUUCGUUGUUUCAAACGGGGAGAGUAAUUAUUUAUUAUUUUAUUAUUUAAACGAGAGAUUAUUUUUAAAUUGUUGAUUCUUAUUGCUUCGUGCACAGAGACUGAGUGUCUUUAAAUUAUUAUAUUUGCAAAAACGUUUGAUUUACUUCUGUCUCUCAAAGCCUGUCGGGAUCAAUAAAAUUAAAUAAAUUAAAUUCAAUUUCAUUUCAUUUCUCUAAUAAUGUCAAAGAAUUACAAUUCAAUUUUUAUUGGAUUAAAAUUUAAGAUCUUUCUCAUCUUUUAGAAGAGUUUCAACGCGAAAAGAGCUUUCGAGACAAAUUACAUUUUUUGAUGUUAGACUGAGUCCAUGAGAAAGUGGAGUUGAAUAUUCGAGAGACGAUAAAAGGUUCCCUUCUAGAGCAUAGUGUUUCACCUAGCCGACUAAUCGAUAUUAAUAUGUCGUGUAGUAAUAUUUUACAAUUUAAUACGAUCAUUAUUCAUAAAUGUCAUAGAACAUCUGUGUGUGUAGUAAGGUAGGGCAAACUUAAUGCAAACCAAAAGCUAAAAUUGAACGCAACGUCUCGAUAAUCGAACAAGUUUGCUUUGCGAAAAAAACAUACCAUAUUGGCGCUUUUAUAAUUUUCCAAAAAAGUUUAUUAAGCAAUGAAUAUGAAAUUCUCCAAAUUGUCAUCAAAUUACCGAAAGCCACAAACUGCAUUUAAAUCUUGUUUUAAAUAUCAAUUUCAUUAAAUUUGUUACACACAAAAAGUGAUUUAUCCAAGGGUCGAAACUAGUUUCGACUUUCCAUGUUCACAAAUUAGAGCCCGAGGCAGCGACAAACCGGUCACUGAAACUUCCGUUUUUGCUAAAGUAAUUCGAUGGUGAUACAGAUACGAUUUAUCCUAUCAAAAUGUAAAAGUCGCCAGGUAAAAGCGACAAAGUUGGGCACUAGGCAAACUAACCGGUGAUAAGAACAGAACAAUCAACAAAAAAAAAAAAAAAAGUGUCACGAUUACAUGUCACUUAAAUAAUUGAGAUUACUUUGUAGAUAGAAAAAAGAUAUAUGCAUUUAUUGUAUUCAACAAUUUUUGAAUCACGUGAAUGUUAGUUUAUUCUUUAUACACGGAUUUCCUGUUCUCGUCGCACAAAUCAAUAAUCCUAGUCACAGACAAUUUUUAUAUUUUUCAAAAAAUAUAGUUGCAUUUUUAUCUACAAAAACAAAUGGCAUUUCACUUGACUUGAUUUGCAUAGUCACUAAAAAAAAGUACAAAAGAUCAAAAAAGAAAGCAUUUCUCAAAAAUAGAUUUCAAAUUCUCUGCCACAUAUCAAGGAUUUUAACACUGUUUUUGUAUUCACUUUGCCAAAAUAGUUUUGCAGUGUUUAAAAAAAUCACGAUGACUUAUGGUGUUUAAGAGAAAAGUUAUUGCUUGGCAGAAGCUCAUUGAGUAAAAUAUAUAUAUAUAUAUAGAGAGAGAGAAAGAUACUCGUUUUUGGGGAGAAGUGCAACGAGACCAGGAAAACCGUCAGGGUAUAUAUUGUAUGUAGAAGUUUUUAGGGAGAGCAAGUGAAUGUUGCCGCAUUGCCGCUGUUAAUGUGAAAUGUCGGUGAGAGUUGGAUCGCGAUGCAUAUAUAAAUGUUUUUGAAUGUGAAAAAGAAAAUGAGAGUGUAUUUGUGUACGUAUGAAUGAAUGAGGGAGAAAAAAAAGAGAACAGAGAAAAGGAAGAAUGCGUGUAUAUAGCAAGAGUUCUGUACAUAGUCAUAGUUUUAUGUAUACACAUCCGAUAGUCCUAAAGGUACGUCCACAUACCUAAAUCAAGUGAAUAGAUUCUUUGUAGCUCUAUCGUUUAUGUAUUCAUGUACCAAACGCCCUGUCCUUCCAGAAAAAAAGAAGAUGAAAAAAAACUUGUCUUAGAUUUAUACUGAUCUAAUUUACACCUAACGUUUACACCUAAGACGUUACACUAUCAUCUACACUGUAACAAAUUGUAUUAUAUUUUAUAUAUAUAUAUAAAUAUGUAAAUGUUUUUUAUAAA